AUGAGACUCCUCCUAGAGCGUAACGAGCAGAGUCAUGAUCGAGUCGACGAGUUGAUGCCAUCCGAGCCUAGGAAAGUAGAGACUGGCACUCAUGGUCGGCGCCGACCUUGUAUGUUACAUCAACUGCUUGCUAUCGGCCUUGCUGACGUCCUACCUGGCGAAGCUGUACCGGCUCUCCUACAGCACCUCAUGAAAGGUGUUCACAACGCCGAUCUUCGAGCUGCAGUGAGCACUAUUGAUGCGCUGCAUUUGAUACUAAUUCAUCGGGCGUCAAGCUUUGACAAGGAUACGGCAGCCAAGAUGAUCAGCACCGUGUUCGACAACGCUGAAAAGCUCCCCUCUGGAUCGGUGCUUCAGCAGAAGGUCCUUGCAUGCACCCAAGUGCUGGCGAGCACCCAGUUCGACUCUGCUAUAUCAGAGCUCCUCGAAGUCGGGGAACGCGAGUUCUCUCAGUCGCAGCUUCAUGCGAUAAGGGUCAUGGUGAAGGAGAAGUCAUUACUCCUCAGAAUGCUCAACUCUCUCACGGACAUACUCAACAACUCGUUCCCAAGCUGUGACGGGCAACCUAAUCGAAUGGUCACCGCGGCCACGGAGGCGCUGUACGUGAUUUUUGAGGUGGAAGACUCGGUGGUCACAGGAGCCCUCAAGCGACACGUUCCGGAAAUUCUGAUUACUUUACUGCUCCGAAUCGCCUCAGCUCCAACGAUAUACCUACGCAAGCGAGCUAUCGAGGCCACUAUGAAGAUGCUCGAGGCUGUGGGCAAGGAUUCGAUGGCCUUAGCACUGCAUCAACAGGCGGCAGCAUCCGUCAAUGCGAGGGUCUUCCCUCCGAACUCAGACAAUGAACUUAAUGUGGAAGAAGUACACCCAGACGGCGAGGUCAACGACAUUAUCGGUAUUGCCAACUCAUAA